GUUUGCGUGUGUGUGUGGGAUCUCAGUGCUGUGUCUCCGUCCUGGGUGAGCUCUAAUAAUAGAGGAGGCCGCCUGCUCCUUUAAGAGCCUACUUGUUGCAUAGGCUACUCUACAAAAUAUAUUGUAACAAAAUGGUUAUCAAAGUAUUUCUCGCCUCUUCAUCGGGAUCCACUGCGAUCAAGAAGAAACAGCAAGAUGUGGUUGGCUUCCUGGAGGCUCUUAAAGUGGACUACACUCAGCUGGACAUCGCCUGCAACGAGGAGAACCGCAUGUGGAUGAGGCAGAAUGUCCCUGAGGAGAAGAAGCCUGCCAACGGGAUCCCCUUGCCCCCUCAGAUUUUCAAUGAAAAUGGCUACUGUGGGGACUAUGAAACAUUCUUCGAUGCAAAGGAGGACAACAUGGUGUAUGCCUUCCUGGGGCUGCCCCCUCCUCCUGGUUCAAAGGAAGCAGAACAGGCCGACGAGGCGCACGUUGUGGAGAACGGGACUCAUGCUGAGGAAACUAAUGCAGAAGAGAACCCUGAUGACUCAAUAGAGGUUCCAGUGGAGGAGCGUAAUGGGGAUGCACACGGAGAUGAGGAGCAGGCAGCUGAUGAGGAGGAGGAAGGUGAGGGUGGUGAGGAGGAGGAGGAGGAGGUAGCAGAAGGAGAGACUGCAGAUGAUGAAGCCACGGAAGGAGAAACAGCAGGAGACGAGGCCCCCGCAAAGGAGGACCAGGCAGUGGAAGAAACAGACGAGGUCACAGAAGACACACAGGCCCAGGCAGAGGAGGAGGAAGAACAGGAGGAAGAGGAUUUGCAGUCAGAGGAGGAAGAAGAGCUACGACAGCUUGAGGAGCAAGACGAACAAGGCAGUGAGGAAGAAGAAGAGGCUGAAGUACAAGAGGAGGAAGAGACUGAGUAGUUAAAGCCAGCUGACGUCAAGGAUGUUGACCUACUACUAUCAAGCCUGAAGGAGCUUUCCGAUAACGUCUCUCCCUGACCCGUUGACACUUGACCCCUUCCACCCCUCCCCAAGGCCACACUGGACCCCACUGGAAACGCGCCAUCCAAACUGAAAAGUCCGAAACCCACAUUUGCCCCCACCCCUUUCCCUUUUGACUGCAAUGUUGACUUAAUUUUUAUAUACUGUACUGUAAUGAAAAUGUGCAGAGUAGCCUAGUGGUGUCAGUUUGUUUUUAAUGAGUAGCUUUUGUAAAAUGCAAAUAGUUAUUUUAUUAAACUCAAGCAUAUUUCUCAUGUUUUACUUUUAGAAAUUCUAGUUUUCUAACACAAAGAGGCAGUGACCUUUUUAAAAAAUAUUACCUUGGCAUACCUUAGCUUGUGGCCUACUUCAGAUUCACUCUCCAGUGUGUUCUGCUCUUUUAUCAGUAGUUUUACCAAUGUCGUGCCUUGAUGACUCUCAAGGGAAUGUAUAAAUGCAAACUAAGACUUCUAAUGGCCACAUGAGAAAAAAUAAAUACGCACAUUCUGCAAAACUGCAAACUACUCCACCACCAAAACUGCUUCUGCCAAUACUGCUGUCUAAUCAAUGCACUUUGUUAAAUGAAGAGUGAAACAUGUGACUAAGACUCCGAUGCAAUGUAAAAUGAAAUAAAGUAGACUGGUAAAAAAAAAAA